AUGGCAACCCCAGAGCUGGCCAUCGCAAAGGCUACACUCUCCGCCACGCUAUUCCGCGCCGAUCCAACAUCCCUAAGCCGUCCUUCAGUCGAAGCAUUCUUCUCGCUCCUAACAGACGCCCUCGCCCAGUGCUCGCGCCCCAACGUCCAGAAAUGCAAGGUUUGGAUCGUCGAAAAUGUUGCGCCGUCUACCGCGCGCACCACUGCGCUUGCCAAGUACUUAGGUGCUUUAUCAAAGAGUCUACAAGAUGACGGUUCGCGACCGAGUCUCAAACGACGCAGACUUCAUCUGUUGUAUGUUUUGAAUGACGUUUUUCAUCAUUUCGUUGCGAGAAAGGGCGAUGUUCAGUUUGCGAUGCUCUGGGAGAAAGUAUUGCCUAGCUUAAUCGCAAGCGCUGCCGCCUUCAACAAUUGCCCGAAACACAAGAAGAAACUUGCGGAUUUGAUUCAGAUAUGGCUAGAGAAGCAGUAUCUCAGACCGAAUGUUAUCAUCCAACUCGAAGACGCUCUCGCCAGUGGUGUUGCGCCACAAACCGAAGAACCGCAAGUUUCGAACGCUUCGAUUAAGCUCGCCAAGGACGCGCCCUUUACUCUCCCUUCAUUCCACGGCGACCAUUCAGUACCGUGGUACGAUUUACCCGCUACGACAUGGCUGCCGCAUUUGACGCCGAAUUCGACCAAAGCGAUGUACCCCGAUCAGAUUCGACCCAUUCAACUCGCUUCUGGACCGGCAGAUAAAGUUCUUGUUACCGCUGUGCAAGAUCUCUUAGGUGAGGUUGAGCGCAUGUUUUCCAAAGAGCAGAAAUGGGACGACGACAACGAUCUGAACGAGCUCGGAGAACGAGUUGUUCUCGAUGAAAUUACAGGUGAUAUUAUCGGAGGUCACGUAGCUACUCUCGAGGUCGAUCACGAAGCUCUUCACGACCUGCGCAUAAACGUCCAAGAGUCAGAGACUCGAGAAGUCGAAGUCCCUCGCAUAGCCGGAGUCGAUCAUACAGCCGCGGUGAACGCAGUCGACGUCGUAGCUCAAGCUACAGCCGAAGUCGCAGUCGAAGCCGGCGACGAUCAUACAGCAGAUCACCUACGCGCUCACCUGCACGAUUCAAAGAAGCUCAAGAUCGACCACGUCCACCUCCAAUCCCUCAACAGCCGCCACAAGGUCAUUUCCCUCCGGUUCCUCCACCAGGUGAUUUCCCAUUACCACCUCCGCCUCCAGUGGGCUAUCAAGGACCUUGGCCACCACCGCCUCCUCCACACAUGGCACAAGGUUGGUUUCCUCCUAACCCUGCCAUGA